GGAGCUGGCGAUUCGUUCUGUGGCUCGCUAGCGUAUCUGAUGGUAGCAAGGCCGAAUCUAACGGUAGAGGAGCAGGUACGUCGGGCCGCGUUGAUCGCUUCCGUAUCCGUGCAAAGAAAAGGAACGCAAAUUUCAUUCCCAUGGGCUCACGAUUUACCCGAAGAGUUUCUCAGCUGAUAAUCAACAGUGUGAUUUUGAUCCUUUUUAAAUUCUCUUCUCAUAACUGUUGUUUUGUUCAAGUAUUUGUGAAGUUUGUUUCAUCUGAGAUAUGUGAUUCAAUGAUAUUCGCGAUAAGAUAUUUGAUGUGUAAAUGCUUCACUAUACGUACACGAUAA